ACACAGGUGGCUGGGAAAUGGUACCUGAUUGGGUUUGCCACCAAUGCCGAGUGGUUUGUCACCCGCAAGGCGAACAUGAAGAUGGGCAUCGCCAUGCUGACACCGACUGAUGAAGGAGAUCUGGAGAUGGCAUAUUCCAGUCUCCGUCCUGAUGGCUCGUGCUGGAGGAUGAACCAUCUGGCUCAAAAGAAGGAUAUUCCAGGGAAAUUCAGCUUCCACAGUGAACGCUGGGAGACUGAGAAUGACAUGCGUGUUGCUGAUGUGAAGUAUGAUGAAUAUGCUUUGAUUCACACCAUCAAGACCAAAGCUGACUCCACCACGCUUCUCAACAAACUCUAUGGCUGAACCCCAGACCUGAGCCAGGACGUCCUGGACAAGUUCACUGAGUUUUCUCUGGAGCAAGGCAUUCUGCCUGAGAACAUCGCCAUCCUGCCUAAAAAUGACAAGUGCCCUUGAUGUGCUGAUGUGAAGCUCUCUGAAUCCUGACUGAUUUAUGACUGUAGUUAAUCAUUUAAAGUGCCUCUGUUUUACACUCUCAGUAUCAGUCCUUUUACCUUCUUAAAGUUCUUUCCAUCAUUUCUUCUUAUUUCUUCAUGAGAUUGGACCAAUAAAAUCUUUUGUGAAUCUC